GGUCCCCGAGCCAGCCGUGCGCACAGCUCUGCCCGCGCCUGGAUCGGACCCCAGCCUCCCCCUCGAUCCUCCCCCGGUCCCAGCUAAGCCCCCUGGGUGCCCAUCCAAUUUUUUGGGUGACUACAACGUGUUUUGUUUCUCUUUCUUCUUUCCCUUGUCCGUGUGCCCUUCUCCAGGAUGGCAGAGGCGGAAUUGCACAAGGAGAGGCUGCAAGCCAUAGCAGAAAAAAGAAAGAGGCAGACGGAAAUAGAAGGCAAGCGACAACAGCUCGACGAGCAGGUACUGCUGCUCCAGCAUUCCAAGUCCAAAGUGCUUCGGGAAAAAUGGCUGCUGCAGGGAGUGCCUGCAGGCACUGCCGAGGAGGAGGAAGCCAGACGGAGGCAGUCUGAGGAGGAUGAGUUCAGAGUCAAGCAACUUGAAGAUAACAUUCAGAGGCUGGAGCAGGAAAUACAAGCGCUCGAAAGUGAAGAGUCCCAGAUAUCUGCCAAAGAGCAAAUCAUCCUAGAGAAACUAAAGGAGACUGAAAAAUCCUUCAAGGACCUGCAGAAGAGCUUCUCCACUGCGGAUGGAGGAGCCGGAUGGCAGAGUACACAACUAAAAGUAGAUGAAGCAGCCUUGUAUGUUGAAGAAACAUCCAGCCCAGACAUGACUAUCACGAAACCUCCCCCGCUUUCCGACGAUGAUAUCCAGCUAACACAGAGAGACAAGUGUAGUGCUAACCCACUGGAGCCUACUGCUACCAGCUCUCUUUCCCCAGAUCACAAAAACAUGGAAAUUGAGGUGUCUGUUAGAGAAUGUAAAAGUGUUCCUGGAGUCACCUCGAGCCCUCAUUCCAUGGACCAUCCCUCCCCUUUCUACCCACCCCCGCACAAUGGCCUCCUCACUGAUCACCAGGAGUCUCUGGAUAAUGAUGUGGUCAGAGAGAUCCGCUAUCUGGAUGAGGUGUUAGAGGCCAAUUGCUGCGAUUCUGCUGUGGAUGGAACUUACAACGGAACCUCCUCCCCAGAACCUGGUACCGCGGUACUGGUGGGCAGCCUAGGCCCAACUGCCCACGAAGCCCCCCAGCCAGAACCUACAGAGGAAGCAGCCGACAGGCAGGUACUUCCUCACAUUGAACUCAGCAGAAGUCCCUCUGACACAAUGGCAGAGGCAGAAAGAGCCAAUGGCCCCUCUCCUGUCCCCCUGACUCCCCAAGAUAUGCUGGGAGACAACCUGCAGGCACCUGCCAGCCCCAGCUCCUCCACCAGCUCUCGCUGUUCUUCUCGGGAUGGGGAGUUCACACUCACCACACUGAAGAAGGAGGCCAAAUUUGAACUGCGUGCCUUCCACGAGGACAAGAAGCCCUCCAAGCUCUUUGAGGAGGACGAGCAUGAGAAGGAGCAGUACUGUGUCCGGAAGGUGCGACCCUCUGAGGAGAUGCUGGAGCUGGAGAAAGAGCGUAGGGAGCUCAUCCGGAGUCAGGCUGUGAAGAAGAACCCUGGCAUUGCAGCCAAGUGGUGGAAUCCCCCCCAGGAAAAAACUAUCGAGGAGCAGCUGGACGAGGAACAUCUGGAGUCACACAAAAAGUACAAGGAGCGCAAGGAGAGAAGGGCUCAGCAGGAGCAGCAGCAGCUGCAACUUCAGCUACAGCAACAGCAGCCUCCGCCACAGCUCUGCACCACCCCAGCUUCCUCCCCUGACCAUGCAGGCGGGACUGAAAGUGCAAAGGAGGCCAUUGUCACAGAGCAGAUAGACUUCUCUGCUGCUCGCAAGCAGUUCCAAAAGAUGGAGAAUUCCAGGCAAACAGUGGCCAAGGGCCAGAGCACACCCAGGCUGUUCUCUAUCAAGCCUUUCUACAGGCCUUUGGGAUCCAUCCACUCAGAUAAGCCACCGACCAUCCUUCGACCAGCUUCCAUGGGGGGACCUCCUGAAAACAAUGGCACAUCGACAGUCAAAGGGCAGAAAGCGCCCUGUGUGCUGGAGAGCCAGUCGGCGGGAGGAGGCCCAGGCAGCACAGUGCCUCAGGGAAAGGAAGGGCCCUACAGCGAGCCCUCUAAACGUGGGCCCUUAUCUAAACUAUGGGCAGAGGAUGGAGAGUUCACCAGCGCCCGGGCUGUCCUCACUGUGGUCAAAGAUGACGACCAUGGGAUUUUGGAUCAGUUUUCAAGAUCAGUCAAUGUCUCUUUGACCCAAGAGGAACUUGACUCAGGUUUGGAUGAGUUGUCAGUGAGGUCCCAGGAUACCACCGUCUUGGAGACCCUGUCCAAUGACUUCAGCAUGGACAACAUCAGUGACAGUGGUGCCUCCAAUGAGACACCCAAUGCCCUUCAGGAAAACUCACUGGCUGAUUUCUCUCUCCCUCAGACUCCACAAACAGAUAACCUCUUAGAAGGCCGAGAAGGGGUCUCCAAGUCAUUCAGUGACCAUGGUUUCUAUUCCCCUUCCUCCACACUGGGAGACUCUCCUUCGGUUGAUGACCCCUUGGAAUAUCAGGCUGGGCUCCUGGUGCAGAAUGCUAUUGAACAAGCCAUAGCUGAGCAGGUGGAGCAGGCCAUGCCUCAAACCAGCAAUGCAGCAGAACCCCAGAGACCUGAAGGAACUCUGGAGCAAGCUGAAACCAGGGCUCCUGGCUCAGAGAAGCCUCAGGGCAUGUUUGCCCCUCCUCAGGUGUCCUCUCCUGUUCAAGAGAAAAGGGAUGUAUUACCAAAGAUUCUGCCUGUGGAGGACAGGGUGCUCAGGGAAGGUGGGCCCUCCCAGUCACCGCCAGCUGUGCAGCCCAGUGGCCCAGUCAACCUGGAGGAGGCCCGGCCUGAAGGGGGCUAUUUCAGCAAGUACUCAGAGGCAGCUGAACUAAGAAGUACAGCAUGCCUCCUGGCUGCUCAGGAAUCUGAUGUGAUGGUCGGACCCUUCAAGCUGAGGUCAAGGAAGCAGCGGACUUUGUCCAUGAUCGAAGAAGAAAUCCGAGCAGCCCAGGAAAGGGAGGAGGAGCUGAAGCGGCAGAGACAAGUCUUGCAGAGUGCGCCAAGCCCCAGGGCCAAGAACGCCCCAUCAUCGCUGCCCUCCAGAACCUCCUGCUACAAAACCGCCCCAGGGAAAAUAGAGAAAGUCAAACCUCCUCCAUCCCCCACCACUGAAGGUCCCAGCUUGCAGCCUGACUUAACCCCUGAAGAGGCUGCCGGAACCCAGCGGCCCAAGAAUCUGAUGCAGACCCUCAUGGAAGACUAUGAGACCCACAAAUCUAAAAGGCGCGAGAGAAUGGAUGAUAGUUGUUACACCUCUAAGUUACUAUCUUGCAAGGUGACUUCCGAGGUCCUUGAGGCCACACGGGUUAAUCGAAGAAAGAGCGCUCUGGCCUUGCGCUGGGAGGCAGGGAUCUACGCCAACCAGGAGGAAGAGGACAAUGAAUAAACUUCCUUCAGCCCAGGAAACUUCUUUGGUGCUUGGGAUACCAAGAAACCAAGAAAUUAUCAAAUCAAAGCAUUUUAAUGGACUAUUUAUUAAAGUGCAUAUAAACUCAGCAAUCCUAAGUAGACCAGAAGCUGCAGUUCACAAUAAUGAAAAAUAAAGCAAAAAGGAAGUCCACCCAUCAAACUCUGAGACCCAGGAGUCAGAAGAGAAAGGAUUUCAUUAUGACUCCAGGAAGCCUCUGGGUUUGGAUCAGUCCACAAUUGAUCCAAAAGGACAAAGAUAUUACAAGCAAAUCAACAUAGUAGUUGGGGGCAGAACUGAGACCAGCCUUAAUGGGUGAUGAGGAAGAACAAUGGUGACAGGGCCAUUCAGAAAACAGUAGGGCCCAGGCUGGUGUAAGUCUACAUGACCUGGGGUAUUUCUUGGCACCAGCUUCUACCCCUUGCUCUUGGCCUCAGAGAUGUUGGGUUGACUCCCAUUUCUUACAGCAGCCGUAAAGUGAAUGGAGUUUCUAUCCAUUAUCACCCAAGAGGCACUUAUGAUUCAAUCUCUGUUACAUUUAAUUGUUUUUAAUUGGGAGCAAUUAAUGACUGCAAUACAUAAAAUCCACACUUUAAAGACAAUAGUUCUUAAUGUUGCAGACACAGUCUAUUCUACACUAGGAGGUUGAGGAAGGUGGGGGAGAAAGCCAAAGCAAAUGGAUUAUUUUAGCUUUAGGAUCUUGUCUGCUUAUACUAUUGACCAAUCUGUUGUUUAGGAGGACACAUUUUCACAGUUAGGUUUCUUCAUAUGAAACUAUAUUUAGUGAGCAACAACUAUUUUUAUGAUGGGAUAGGGGAAAAUCUAAACAUGAAUAAAAUCUGUACUCAUUGAACAGCUUGGUUCAAGAUAGUAGGGGUAUUUUUAGAGUGGCAGUAAUUGAAAAAAUAAAUAAAAGGGCAAACUCUGCCUUGGAGAGGUAGAUGACCAGAAAUAAAAAGGUGUUUAUAACUAUUUUGUACUAUAAAGUGGGCCUUAGAGGUAGUAGGAAGAAAGAUGAAUUGUUUUGGAUUUUGUAGAAGUGAAGCAUUGAAGUCAUGGAGGUAGAGAAAGGAAAAGGGAGGGAGGGAGAAAGAGUGGGAAAAUGAGAGAUUAUUUUUGCUGAGCAACCAGUGUUUUUCAGGAUGAUACAGAGAUAAAUGUAGACUAGAAAUUCAAGUGCAGGCUUGGAAUCAGCUACAAAUCCUAAAGAUGGAGUGCUUUGUGUGUGUACACCUUUGUGUGUUUGUGUAAAGAGUGUAUGUUCACAAUAAGGGUGUGUGUGUGUGUGUGUGUGUGUGUGUGUGUGUGUGUUGAAAUUCAAGACUGAUCAUGGCACAUGGGUGUACAGUUAUUUCCUCCAAAGCUGUUUGCCAGCUUUGGGAGUGAGUGAGAAUUUCUUUUUUAUGAAAAGGGAUAUAAAGGCACCGAGCUGAUGCAGUAUUUGUAAUAUUAAAUUGACCUAACACGGUAUUUGCAUGAGUCACAAUUGCAAGGUUUUGAGCAGUUUUGUAAUUUGACAUUUAGGAAUGUGUCCUAUUUAUUCUCAUGCUUUGUAUUCAUGCUUAGUAUACUAUAAAGGAUGCCAGCUUUACUCUUUCUGUCAUUUAAAGCAAUAUGAUAAAGGCAUUCACUAAUUGGGUGCCCUAAAUUUCUGGAUGAGAAAAAUAUUCAAUGAGGAGAAAAAGCUAACCAGCUUUUGUUAUUUUUUUCCUCUGUUUUAAGACUAUGUUUUUUAAACAAGCAAUAAUUAAAUCAAACCUUACUAAAAUUCAUUUUUUGUUUUCAUACUAUUAUGUCAUAACUCUACUAUGUUAUUCUAAUAAGUAGCCGUUCCACAAAAUUUGUAGUAGUGUUACACACGUUGUCUUUGCUUUUUUAUUAGACUAGUGUUGACUCUGGGGGAAGUUUAUCCACAGACAACUGGUGAGCACAAAGUAAUAAGGUGGAACUCUGUAAUAACUUACAAGGCUCCAUGAAAACUGCCAAGGGAACCUAUAAUUCGAAGUCAAAUUCUGCAGAUAGUAGCCAUGCACCUGAGAAGUUGGUGCCACCUUUAGAUGGUUCAUUCUCCUCAACUGAAUCUUAAGAUGGAAGUCAACAAAAUUGUAACUAUUGGGGUCACAAAACGAAAAAAAAAAUCCCUAUUAUAGUGAGGGAGGUUGGCAUGGAGACAGACAUUCCUAGAAAAGUGACAUCAAUAUUGGAUUAGACAGUCUGUCAGGUAAAAUGGGAGCACGAAGGAGGACCACUUUGUCUAAAGAUUUCUACCUGGAGGUCCCAGAUGCCUGGGCUGAGGUCCCAGUGAUGAGGGGUGUUCCCAAGGUAGACCUGUGGAUGAGAGCAAAGGCAAUAGCAACACCCUGUGGCCAUAGACACAGCGUCAAUUAGGAUGGCUGGAGAGUAGGAGAGUGUUAUGAGUUGCACAAAAAAUAAAACGUACUUCAUGUUUUCUGGACAGACUUACGGAUCUGCUAAAGACCAUAAAAAUGACACAGACUAACACCCGCCACCCCCCUCCAAGCACCAAUUUUUCACAAGGGGAAAUGGUCCUGAAGACUUACCUGUUUUGUUCUCUUUGGAAGGGACCAUUGUACUCACAUGAAAGCCACAGAUGAGAAGAGAAUUGGCAGCCAAAAGGAAAACUUAGAAGGCCACACAAGCCAAGGAAUCCCUUUGGAGAGAGAUGAAGUAGUCUUUGACUACAGUGAUUGAAUCAGAGGCACUUAGAUCUGGGGCCACACUCUGUGUAGAAGAGGAAAUAAAUUCGGUUUCUGUGACUCUCCCCUAGUCACAAAGCUGUUUUUUUUUAAUUCACAAAGCUGUUUUAACUGUGGCCCCUACAUCUCCAACUUUUAGUAAUUCCCCUAAACUGCCUUCUGGUGACUGCUGUCUUAUUUCCUUGCUCUCCUCACUCAUAAUCCCAUUAAAGUACUAUUAAAAUGUAAAUUACAUUUCCCUUAGGUGAGCCAGAUUUUUCUCUGUGCUCUUGAGGUUUUUUUUUUACUUAUUCAAGAAACACCAGGCCACCACUUUGGACAUCGCACUGUGCUAGGCUCUCGGAUCCCAUAUGAGCCCCUGUAACUUUCUGGGAACAGAUGCCUGGAUGAAAAUCAUGCCUGCCUCCUGUAGGGAGAGAAAGAGGCUUGUAACCAACUUUGCCUCUGAGGCUCAUCCCCACGCUCAGACAGCACGGAAGCUUGUCAGUCUCAACGAUAGCAAAUGUUUAGAUUCUGUAGAUGUUAAAACCUUCCUGAAAGUGUUCCAUGCUACAGUGUUUAUAGACCUUCACUUACCUCCGGAGCCUGUAACUACUGACAUGCCUUGGCUUUCUCAUCCAGAAAUUAAGGAAACAGGGUCUGUCAGUGGCAGGAGGCCGGGCUGUGUUCUACUUGGACAAAGCAAUGCAAUUUCCUUGUCUCUUUAUACCCAUGCAUGCUGCCCACGCUAGACACUGGCAUAGAAGCAGUAUAUAGCUCCGAGUCCACGCAUCUAUAUGCACACAGGUACACACACGUAUAUAUAAAGCAUAACAAAGAACACUAAGACAGUGUUGGCUCUUGUCUCUAAAGACAAGCAUUUUUUUUUCCAACUGAAGAACUGAUUUAAUUAAACUAUGUAUUGAAAAAAUAGCCUAAGUGUUAAAGAUGGUGAAUAUAUCCAGUUUUAGUUGCAGAAUCAAUUUCCUGAAUUUUAAACAUUCAGUGAGCUGCCAACUUAGAUUUUGUGUUGCGCUUACCCAAAUGACUUUUUUCUUUUUCUUUUUAAUUGGAGGAGGGGAAAAAGCAGUGAUGCUGUGUUUGAAAACUAUAUUCUGUAUCUGGCUUUCCUCUGUAUGUUAGCUACUUAAAUGUUAUCAGCCUGCUUCGGUUUUAUAGUGAUUGUGAGGUAUUCAAUGCAAGUAUACAGUUAUUUUCUCAUUAAAACCCAAUGUGUGUGUGUGUGUUGUGUUUUUAUAAAGGAUGACCACUUGUUUGACUGGAGGGGAGGGUCAAAAGACUGGCCAAAUUGUGAAUGGCAUGCCUUCACCUUUGGCCUUGACCUCUGCGACAGCAUCUGCUUCCUCACUAGGAACAAAGAAAGCAAUCCUAACUGGGACGGGGAGGGUGUCACUGUAGAGACUUAGAGACUGUUCCCAAUGUCCCAUUUUCAGUGUUGCCCAGCUGCUCUGGCUAGACCCAGGGGCCUCUGACAAGACCCACAGAAAUGGCACUGGUGUCCUCUGCUGAUGUAAGUCAACCCAAAACCAAAGUCUUUGGACAAACAACACAAACCCUAAAGCCGUGCCUCAUACAGAGCAGUCAGCUUUAAUCUUUAUUAUUACAUUCUGAGCAUCUUCAUUUGGCUCUCCUCCACAAAGAACAGUGCGUUUCCGGCUUUAAGGAGCAGACACCACAGGUUCUCCAGAGAGCUUCCUCCCCCCAAUUUCACCCUGUCCUCUCUCCCUUCUCACUCCCUGUCAGUCUCCAGCUUCUUCUCUAGCCCAGCCCCUGGCACUCACUGGUCCUGCCCUUGUACCUUCCUUCUAGCUCCUCUUUUUUUCUCUGUCUCCCCACUUGUGACUCUCCAGUCUUUUUCUCCCUACGAUUUCUAGCCAUAUUUUCCUGAAUCUGGGGACAUCCCAUAGUACCCUGUCAUAAGUGACAUCUUCUAGCCUUUAUGUGAUGAGAGUUCUGAAUUUGAGAGGUGGGGGGAGAGAGAGGGAGGUGACAGUCCACUUUCAAAAUCUGAUUUAAUUCCAUCGAGAGUAACAUCUGUGGAGAACUUGUGGCAGGCAUUUCCCAGGCUUUCCAUGAACAUGACGUACAGUUGGCCCUCCAUAUCCGUGGGCUUUGCAUCCAUGGAUACAAUCAGCUGCAGAUGGAAAAUACUCAGAAAAAAAUUGUACUUUUUGAGACUUUCUCACCAUCCUUCCCUAAACAGUACAUUAUAACAAUAUUUACAUGUCAAUCACAAUGUUUUAGGUAUUAUAAAUAAUCUAGGGAUGAUAUAAAGGAUGUGUGUAGCUUAAAUGCAAUAGAUUUUGGUAUCCCCAGGGGUCCUGGAACCAAUAACACAUGAAUACAUCGGGACCACUGUAUUCUUGCAACAACCCCUUGGAGUGAACUGUUCUAAUUUCUACUUUCUAUGGGAGGAAACUGAAGCUCUCAGAGGUUAGUUUGUCAAUGCCUUAGAGAUCAUACAUGUUGUACUUGAAUUUAAACCUGGGCAUUUUGACUUGGGCAUUCCUCUUCACCACCCUUUUCACAGAAACACAUGCAGGCAGCUUCACAUGCAAAGUCUGGCAGGUCUGUCGUGUGUGAGGCCUGGGCAAGCUGUCAGUGUCUCUUUGCACUGUAUUCUCCAGAAAAGUGCUCUCAUGAGUCAAGGCUAAGGUUUUGAUAGCCCAAGUUUGUGGGCAGAGUGAGGGUUUGGUAUGAGCAGCAGAGAGUUUUCUUCCUUUGAGUGAACUCUGUCUGAACUCUGGGCUUAUCUCUUCCAGGAGAUGGUGAGAGAAGAUGACCUAGUCAUCGCCUUACCAAAAAUGACCCGGAAGUGACUACAAGUAAGGUGAUGGAAGUGUGAGAAAUU